AUGCCUACCGCAUUCCUUGGUUGUCGCGCCGCCGUUCAAGCGUUCGAAGUCGGUUUUGACCUCUUCUCGUGUUCCCGCCUCAACCGCACGACCCGAGUGCACCAGUUGAUUUCACGGAUUUCUCCGCGCGAUGCCUUGAAAAACUGUCGGCGUGAAUCCCUCAACCUGCCCAUAUCAUUACGAGAGGAUGAGCUACAAACCAGCAAAACAGUCUACAGCAACUCAGGGGAAACAGUGGACCCCAUUUUUAAUGGGAAACUUCCCGACACUCCAGCACAGCUAAUUGUUGACCUGUUUAUCUCGAGACAGGAGGAGUGUUGUAUGGAGGUGACAGAGAAGGCAACAGCGGAUGCGAGAGAGGAAUAUGGCUUACCGAACAGCGAUGACUACAAGAUAGCAAAGAAGAAGUUACCGAAGGAAAUGGAAAAGCGGCCACUGGCACGGCCGCAAACAGUCACCAGUACAGGGCGGCCCAAUGUUGCCGCCAUCACAUCAAGCCCUGAGUCGCACAACCCGAGUGCACCAGUUGAUUUCACGGAUUUCUCCGGUGAAACACCCUUGUUAGCAUUGUUUUCAGACAUCCUCGCUCGUCCUGGUGGUCCUACGCCACACGAGUCUCGUUUACUGGCGUCCGUUUACAAUGCUGCCCAAUGCGUUGAAGAACGCAACCGAAGUACUGCCUGGGAGGAAUGGCUGCAAGAACCAUUGGAUGGUCAUGCGCUUUAUAGCCCCUCCCCUUCUCCUACGGGAUCCGAUCCGUUGUUUCUACCAAGCCCUGGCCCAGAGUCCCCGCCAGUUUCCUCGCCUGACUCGACGCCGCCUGUCCCUGUUCGAAGGUCGAAGCGUACUCGUGCCAUGGUCAUGGACGAAGAUUCGGAUGUGGUCGAGAUCAUCAAUGCUCCAUCUACAACGCCCUUGAAGCUGGCUAUUGGCCCUCCAGGUAAACAACGCAAGAUUAUUGAGAAACCCUCGUCUGACGACGAGGCCAUCCAACAUCCCAACUGUUCCCGUUCGAGCUCGUCGGACUCUGUGCCUCUCGCUAGGCCUUUGCGUGCAGACAAGGGCAAGGCUCGCACCAAGACGCCUCCGCCUGUUGCAGGUUCAUCUCGAGUUGACAAGGGAAAGGCUCGGGCGAGGACUCCUCCUACUACUUGUAGUUCCGCCAAGCGUACUGCCGUUAAGCCACCGGUGGUCAAGCAGAAGGAAACUUCUGUUCAACCCAAGCGUCGCGGUCGCCCUCGUAAGAAGUCUCCCGUUAUCUUCCAAGAGCCCAUCGUGUUCGACAAGAAGCGAUUUAAAUGUGCCACCGCUAGAUUUGGGCUUAAAGAGCUCCCUGCGGUUCUUAAGGGUACACAAAUCCACAUGCCCGAACCUUGCCUUCAGUGCUCCGCGUGCAAGGAUUCCGCUGUCAAGAACUGCACCUUUCGUGGGUGGGGCACUCCCUGCGGUCCUUGCGACGCGGCGCAUGUUUCUUCGUGGGCCGUCAGGGAUGUCAUCCGUAACUGGUUGGCUAUUCAUGCGCCUUCAGGCACUGUUUUCGAGACUCACGAGGAGUUUGGCUUGUGGUACAGCUUCGUUCAAGACUUUGUAGAUACUCAGGGGGUCCCAGUGCCUGCGGGUUCAAUGACGGCUGAUUUGGAGAGACUCGUCUCGCUUUUUCAGCGAGAUGAUUCUCCUCCCAUUGCUGGGCCUUCAUCUCUGACACCUCGUCAAUGCCGCGUCUGCUCGCUGUCCCUUAUUCCUUCUAUCGCCGUUGCUUCGCCUGGUCUUCCACCUUCCGCCCAUUCUCAGAAGGAGGAGGAGGAGGUUAUCGACGAGCUUGUUGACGAGGAGUAG